GUGGGAUUGUGCGGAAUGACUAAAAUGUCUUGGGAAGAUCCUUGGCCUUCCGCAGUACCAAGACACUUCUCACUUACUUGUACGUUGCCCGCUGUGCGAGUACACGACCACGUUCUUUCUUUCCCUCACCACUGCCUCCUCCAUAAUUACUAUAUAUCAUCUAUUAAGUUCUCGUUUUCAUCGCUUUCAAGUCAGCCUAGCCUCCAUUCGCAAUGCUUUCCUCGUUGACACUCGCACUGUCUUGCCUCCUCAUCAUCUCACCAAAUACCUCCGCUGCCCCAAAUGGUUAUGAUUCCAUCCCGACUGCUGGCCAGUCUAUCCCGCUCAUCCGAAGAGUCCCAACUGAACGCUCCGUGUCUGAUUGGGAAGUAUGGGCCAAGAACGAGCGAGAGGCUCUCACCGUCAAGUAUGGGGGAUCUAUAGAGAAAAGGAGUACCGGAACAAAUUUGAUCACUAACCAAAACGCGGAUUCAAGUUAUUAUGGAACUGUCGCUAUAGGCACUCCACCGGUCUCCUUCAAUGUCAUCUUAGACACUGGAUCGGCCGAUCUUUGGGUCGCAGAUCAAGCCUGCACCAUCGGCUGCUCCAAAGUCCAGCUGUUCGAUGACCUACAAUCAUCUACUUUCCACAACCUGUCCCAGCCAUUCGACAUCACAUACGGUUCUGGCGCUGCAGCAGGUACAUUAGGCCAAGAUGUCGUGCAGAUGGCUGGGUUCUCUGUUUCCAGUCAGACGUUCGGUGUUGUCACGGAAGCGUCGUCGGGUCUUCUUAACCCACCCGUGUCUGGCUUGUUGGGCUUGGGAUGGCAGACCAUAGCUAGCUCGAAAGCGUCACCGCUCUGGCAGACCUUAGCGAGCUCCGGGUCUUGGACAGAUCCUGUCAUGGCAUUUCAGCUCACGCGGUUCAUCAACGCUACCAACGCUCACACUCAGGAGCCUGGUGGAUCGUUCACUAUGGGCUUUGUCAACAGCAGUCUUUAUACUGGCACCAUCGAUUACCAGGCCCUGCCAUCGACGCCAUCAUAUUGGAUUCUACCGAUGAAAUCGUUAACCGUACAAGGAAACUCCGUCAGCAUCCCCACAGGUUCUUCAUCCUACUCUGCCAUCGACACCGGAACCACACUUGUCGGCGGACCUUCCAGUGUCAUCCAAAACAUCUUCGCACAAAUUCCAGGGUCGCAACCCGGCACAGGCAACUGGCAGGGAUACUGGACAUACCCAUGCACUACCACCGUCAACGUAGCCAUCUCAUUCGGCGGACCCAGCUGGCCCAUCUCCCCCGCCGACUUCCUACUCACAAAGAUCAGCUCAUCCCAAUGCGUCGGUGCAUUUUUCGAACUGAACACAGGUGGCAGCGCGCCAAGUUGGAUCGUUGGUGACACUUUCCUGAAAAAUGUUUAUUCGGUUUUCCGGUAUAACCCAGCUUCUGUGGGUUUUGCUGCGCUUUCGAAUACUGCGCUUGCUAUGAAUGGAGUUGAUGCUGCUCCUCCUUCGGCUACUAUUGGUUCGGUCUCGGCUAGUGCGACAGCGGGAACGGGGGGUGGGACUAAUGCUGCCUCUCACCGAUGGGGUGUUCAAUGGGCGCCGCUUGUGGGUGGUAUUUUUGUCGCUGUGGGUACUGCUUUGAUGUGAGACGUCAUGGGUCAAAUAAGGGUGCUGGGGUUGGACGGACGGGGACUUUAACUAAUCACUUGUUUAUUAACAACGGACUCUGGAGGACAAUAUUAUUUUAACAUGGAUUGUAUAUCUAGCAUCAGUACGAUAUGGUUGGAUAUUGAGUUAAUUGUUAAUGUUGCUUUCCAUCGCGCU